CGACCGCCGGCCGGCCCGCGCCCUCAGCCGGCCAGGCAACUGAACACCAUGCAGCUGUCGACCGAGCAGCUGCGGCCGCUGGCCACGCCCGAGGUGGCGCUGCUCGCCGACAUGUUCCGUCGCCAUGGUUACCAGCUGCGGCUGGCCGGCGGCGCCGUGCGGGAUAUUCUGUCGGGCAUCGUCCCCCACGACCUGGACUUCGCCACGCCGGCGACGCCCGGCCAGAUGAAGGAGCUGUUCGCCAAGGAGGAGGUGCGGUUGAUCAAUACCAAGGGCGAGCGGCACGGCACCAUCACCGCCCGCAUCGCCGACGCCGUCAACAUGGAGGUCACCACGCUGCGCGUGGACGUGGCCACCGACGGUCGGCACGCCGAGGUCGAGUUCACCACGGACUGGGAGCUGGACGCCGGCCGCCGAGACCUCACCGUCAACGCCAUGUUCCUCGACUUCGACGGCACCGUGUACGACUACUUCGACGGCGUCGACGACCUUGAGCACCGGAGGGUCAGGUUCGUCGGCGAUCCGGCCCGCCGGAUACAGGAGGACUACCUGCGCAUUCUGCGCUAUUUCCGCUUCUACGGCCGGCUGGCGGCGGCGCCGGACGCGCACGAGGCCGCCUCGCUCGACGCCAUUCGCGCCAACACGGCCGGCCUGGCGCGUAUCUCCGGCGAGCGGCUCUGGUCGGAGCUGCGGCGCAUACUCGCCGGACGGUUUCAUCGGGAGCUGAUGCUGACUAUGCUGGAGGCGGGGGUGGGGCCGCACGUGGGCCUGCCUCCCUCGCCCGACACGGACGAGUUCGAGCGCGUCUGUGACCGGACGCAGGCGGUGUCGGAGCCGCAGCCCAUCAUGCUGCUGGCCGCCCUGCUCCGUUCUUCGGAGGAGAUGAUGAGCCUGCACCAGCGUCUGAAGCUGUCGGCGUUCGAGCGCGACCUCGGCCUCUUCAUCAUUACCCACCGCGAGAUGGCGCCACACCCGCAGCCGAUGAAGCCGCUCCAGCAGCUGCUGGCCGACUUCCGCGCCAGCAAGCGGCUUGGCAAGCAGUUUUUAGUUGAGCUGGCGAGGUAUAGAGGGCAGCAUGAGUUGGCGGCGGAGUUCGAGGCUUGGGAGUUGCCGAAGUUUCCAGUGACGGGAGCGACAUUGAAGGCGGCAGGGGUGCCAGCCGGCCGGAACAUGAGCCGGGUGCUGGACCGGCUGCGGCAGGACUGGAUCGACGCCGACUUCGCGCUGGACGAGCCGGCGCUCGCAGCGCGCGUGCCGGCCGUCCUGGAGGAGCUCGGCGUGCGGGCCGACGGCAAGCGGUGAUUGGAGGGGCGCGGCGCUCGGCGGCCGCCGCACGUCACAUGCCGCACGUCGCACUUCGCAUGUCGCACGUCGCGUGUCGCACGUCGUAUGUCGCACGCCGCCUAGUCGGGAGAUGGGGCCGUUAGGAGUGGUGCAGACCGGCGUGCGGCGCGAUGCAGGUUGGCGUGCGGCGGGGUGCAGACUGGCGUGCGUCGGGAUGCAGACUGGCGUGCGGCGGGAUGCAGACUGGCGUGCGGCGGGAUGCAGACUGGCGUGCGGCGGGAUGCAGACUGGCGUGCGGCGGGAUGCAGACUGGCAUGCGUCGGGAUGCAGACUGGCGUGCGGCGGCGUGCAGACCGGCGUGCGGCGAGAUGCAGACUGGCAUGCGUCGGGAUGCAGACUGGCGUGCGGCGGCGUGCAGACUGGCGUGCGGCGGGGUGGUUUGUGACGGCGGUGUACUGAUGGCGCUGAGGCUGGUUCGACAGGAGGGUGGGAAGGACUAGGGAGAGGAGCAGUUGGAGGUGCCACGAUCGCACUAGAUCACCACGAAGUUUGCAAGUGGUGAUCAUCACCACGGCACUUGAAAGAUGCGCACAUGCGGAUUAGGCUUAUUUUCCUCCUUGCACUGAAUCGUUUCAGUCCAAAUGUGGUCUGGAAAUGAGUUGCUGUUAGGCCGUGACCUACUGCUCAGCGUCGUCAGCGUCGUCAUCAGCUACCGGUCCCGUGGAUUCCAGCAUAACGCACCGCCUGCCCUCUGGAUGUCAUGUUCUGCAAGGCUCAUCCAAUUGUGAUGAAUCGCGCGACGUUCGUGUAGUCAAGAUGCUGCUUUGUUUCGAUUCCUGUUUGUAUGGAUCUUUUGGUGUGCUUUGUGGCAAUACACAUAUGU